GUUAUGUAAUUUUGCAGACACUAAAGGACUUGUUUUGCUGCAGUACUUUUGUCUCUUGUCCCAAUUUUCAUAAAGUAAUUGCAUGAUUGCUAACUUUGUUCCCAUUUUUCAGAAAGCAAUUGCAUGACAACUGACUUUACCUUUAUUCCUUAUACUGUUCCCACCAGUCUCUCCUCACCUUACAUCCCACACAACCUAUCCUUCAAGAUUGCUGUAGAGAUAAUUAUUGCAUCCCCUUUGCUUCAAGCUUCGGUCGGUCUCUCAUCCAUCUAAGAUCAAGGUCUUGUUUUGCAAUGGAGUAUGUGGGGCUAUUGAAAGAUAUGUGGUCAUCCAUUUCUAAUUACUUCAACUACCACAAAAUUCUUAAUGAGAAGCGCACAACUCUAAGAGAGAAAAGGAAAAGACUCGAGUGUUGAGAACAAGAUAUCAUUGAGUCAGAAAAUGCACAAACUCAAAAGAAGUUCAAGAAAGAAGUUGAAAAUUGGUUGGCGGAACUGGAAGUUGUAAAAGAUAAUGCACAGCAGAUUGAGCAAGAAGCUGGAGAGAUAAGAUAUUUUUCAAGAUUUAGUUUCCUAAGCCAGAUUGAAGCGAAUACGAGAAGGUUAGAUGAGAUGUUUGAGUUGGGUGAAUUUCCUAAUGGAAUUCUAGUUGAUGCACCUCAAGAUAAAGGAAAUGCUUUGUUAACUGCACAACUAGUAGGUGAAACUACAACCAAAAUAAAUUUGGAGAAGAUUUGGGCAUGCUUAGAUAAUGGUGAAAUCCAAAGCAUUGGAGUUUGGGGAAUGGGGAGGGGGUGGCAAAACAACUGUCGUUACCCAUAUUUACAAUCGCCUCUUGGAAAAUAAUAGCCUUUUCAGCCAUGUAUAUUGGGUGACUAUUUCAAAAGAAUCAAAUAUUCGUGAGUUGCAGGAUGCUAUUGCUAAGAAGUUCAAUAUAGAUUUUUCAAAAGAGGGAGAGGACAAUCAAAGGUCUGCAUUAUUACUCAAAGCAUUGCAAAAACUAAAAAAAAUUGUUAUUAUAUUAGAUGAUAUGUGGGAAGUUUAUGAACCUGAGCUGGUUGGAAUUCCUCUUGGCGUUGAUAGAGGAAAACUGAUCAUAACCACCAGGUCAAGCAAUAUCUGCGAAAGAAUGGGGUGCCAAGAAAUUAUCAAAGUUGAGUCACUUUCUAUAGUGGAAGCAUGGGAGCUUUCCAACAAGACGCUUGGGUGAGACGAUGCACUUAAUGUAGAAAACAAAGAAAUGGCUAAAGAUAUUGUCGAGGAAUGUGUUGGUUUACCUCUUGCCAUCGUCACAACAGCUAAAAGCAUGAGACGUGUGCGUGGUAUUUAUGAAUGGAGGAAUGCUUUGAAUGAAUUGAGGGGACGUACUCAAGGGCUCACACUUAACAUGGAAGAUGAUGUGUUUAAGAUCUUGGAAUUUAGUUACUAUCGCUUGAAAGGUGAAGAACUCCGAGAAUGUUUGUUGUAUUGUGCAUUGUUUCCCGAAGAUUAUGAGAUCAAAAGGGUGUCUUUGAUCAAAUAUUGGAUUGCCGAGGGGAUGGUAGGAGAAAUGGAAACAAGGCAAGCAGAGUUUGAUAAAGGGCAUGCUAUACUGAACAAACUUGAAAAUGUGUGUUUGUUAGAAAGAUGUAGGAAUGGAAAAUUUGUAAAAAUGCAUGAUGUGAUCAAGGAUAUGGCUAUCAACAUUUCAAAAAGGAAUUCUCGAUUCAUGGUGAAAACUACUAGAAAUCUAAAUGAACUCCCGAGUGAGAUACAAUGGUUAGAAAAUCUAGAAAGAGUUUCUUUAAUGGGUAGCCGACUUGAUGCAUUGAAAUCAAUACCAAACUGCCCUAAACUUUCUAUCUUGUUACUUCAAAGUCUCCGUUGUCUAAAUAUCAGUUUUCCAAAUGCCUUCUUUGUGCAUAUGUCGAACCUCAAAGUUCUGGACUUGUCAAAUACAAGAAUUCUCUUCCUACCGGAUUCUAUCUCCAACUUGGUGAAUCUUCGAGCUCUAUUUCUUUGUCGUUGCUACACAUUAUUUCAUGUACCUUCAUUGGCAAAGCUUAAAGAGUUGAGGGAGUUGGAUAUAAGUGAGAGUGGAAUCAGAAAGUUACCAGAUGGGAUAGAGCAAUUGGUCCUCCUUAAAAGCCUUGCUCUCCGAGGUCUAUUCAUUGCUGAUAUGUCUCCAAAUAGGGUACUGCCCAAUCUUCUUCAUCUGCAGUGUUUGAGACUUGAAAAUAUGAGCUUUCCCAUUGUAGGAAUGGAGGAUCUGAUUGGAUUGAGAAAGUUGGAGAUCCUUUGUAUCAAUCUUUCUAGCCUGCACAAGUUUGGUAGCUACAUGAGAACAGAGCACUACCAGAGACUCACCCACUACUACUUCGGAAUAUGUGAGGGAGUUUGGCCACUUGGUAAUUCUCCUAGCAAAGAAGUUGGCAUCUUUCAACGAUGGGAUGGAGUUCCGCGACGUGGAAAUUUUCUUGGCAGAGAAGUAGUUUUGUGGAAAUGUGAGCUGAAGCAAGGAAGAAAAGACAACGAUGACCACUAACUUAUGCUUCCUACCAAUAUGCAACUAUUAGAGAUAGGAAAAUGUAGUCUUCCAACUAGCCUACUGGAUUUGGAUGUUUCUCCUUCUCUCAAGGUCGCCAAAGAUUUGAAAGUACGUUCAUAUUAGGAUGCGAGGGGAUAGAAUACUUAUGGUGGAUAGAGGACUGCGUUGCCUCGUUAAACAAUUUGUACCUUAAUGAAUUGCCAAACUUAAGUGUCUUCUUCAAGUUCCAACCAACAGAUAUUGUAAGUUGUUUCAGUCUCAAGCACUUGCAGGUGACGAAAUGUGGCAAUCUCAAGCAUUUGUUCACGCCUGAGUUAGUGAAGUACCACCUCCAAAACCUUCAAACCAUCUAUCUCCAUGAUUGCAGUCAAAUGGAGGAUAUAAUAGUAGCAGCAGAGGUUGAAGAAGAAGGGGAAGACAUUAAUGAAAUGAAUAAUCUCCUCUUCUAUUUCCCCAACUUACAAAGUUUGGAAUUGAGAAAUCUACCAGAAUUGAAGAGCAUAUGGAAGGGAACAAUGACUUGUAAUCUUCUACAACAACUUAUAGUAUUGGAUUGCCCAAAUCUUAGAAGGUUGCCUCUUUCGGUGUGUAUAAUCGAUGGUGAUGCAGAAAGUGAUAGAAACCAUGAUUUACGCAGCGGAAACAAAUCAUGAUGAAACAAGCAUGGAGGCAAGCCAAAACCAUAUGUAAAAGACUGACCUUUUUCUCUGCUGAAAACGCCCACAAUCUCCUACAAUCUUCUGUUGUUUACCUUAUCAAUUUCCGGACUAUGAUUUCUGAGUGGGCAAAAAAAACAAUAGCUAGGGUUCGUCACUCUCU